ACGCAAGACAGUCAAGUGGGCGCCAAACCGUUUGCUGUGGCCAGCGAUUCUUCGCACAGUCGCCAUUUCGUUUGCUCAUACAUACUGUAAAAGACGGCUGCAAAAAUUGCCACGAAUUCGUUGACCAGGGAACAAGAGCAGUGGCUUUUGCGGAAACCAAGGAAUCGCCGCACGAUAGCAGCAAUUGGCGACUACUGAUUAAACAACCGUCCUGAAACAUGUGGCAGGCAGGCAGUUCCGGGUUAGCGCCGGGCUCGCAAGCAUCGUGCAGCGGUUCUUCAACAAGCCUGGCUGCGAGGACCUCGGCCCGUCUUGCGCUAGCUGCAUGGGGACCAGCUCAAUCAAGAGGUUCACGGAGACGCAUGCGGCCAACUGAGGCGCGGGCGACGCUGAGUCCCCCACCCGCAACCACAACCACACCCCCGGCCUCGGCGGCUUCUGGCACCACCUCAACACGCCCCAACGAGCCGCCCCGCGCCCCCGCCAUGGCCAGCUUCUCCCUACCUUCCUCCUCCUCCUCCUCCUCGGCGUUCUCCGCUAGCGCGAGCACCAGCGCUACAGCCCCCAGCCCCUCUACCGGUCGGUCUCGCGGAGGGGACGGCGCCUCCGGCAACUCCGGCUCCUCCGGGCCCCGGCUGCGGCCGACGGGGGCGCGCGGCGGUGUGGCAGGCCCGGCCCCAGGGGCCAAGCCCGCGCAGCUGCGCUCCGCAAGAGCUGGCGGGGCGGGGGGUUUCCUGGGGCUUGGGAUCGGCGGCGGAGGCAGCGGGAAGCAGUUGGGCGGCGGCAAUGGGGGGUUUGGCCCGGAUGACAGCGGCGAUAUCAUCAUACCGGAGUUUCAGGAGCCCUCCGCCUACAACGCCGCCAUGAACAGCCGGUACUGGGAGACGCGGCCGGUGCGCGUGCUGGGGCGCCUGGUGCGCAUAGGUGUGGAGUUUGGGGGCUGGGCGGCGUCGUGCCGAGCCCUCAACCUGCGGCUGCGGGACACGGCGGCGCAGGAGGCGGCGGCGGCGGAGGCGCUCAAGGACGUGCUGGUGCGGCUGGGCCCGGCGUUUGUCAAGAUCGGCCAGGCGCUGUCGUCGCGGCCAGACGUGCUGCCGCCCGCCUACAUUGGCGCGCUGGAGGCGCUGCAGGACCGCAUCCCGCCCUUCCCGGACGCAGCGGCCAUGGCGGUGCUGGAGGCGGAGUUGGGCCGGCCGCCCUCCGCAGUGUUUGCAUCGUUGUCCUCCAGUCCUGUGGCGGCGGCCAGCCUGGGGCAGGUGUACCGCGGCGUGUUGCGGCCGGAGGUGGCGGGCGGGCAGUCGGGUGUGGAGGUGGCGGUCAAGGUGCAGCGGCCGCGGGUGGCGCAGAUGAUUGCGCAGGACGUGUACAUCUUGCGCAUCCUGGCCGGCUGGCUGCGCACCGCGCGCCGCUUCAACACCGACCUGCCGGCACUGGUGGACGAGUGGGCCAGCAGCCUGUUCCGGGAGCUGGACUACCGCAUAGAGGCAGACAACGCACGCCGGUUCAAGGCGCUGUUCUCCCACCUGCCCCAGGUGUACGUGCCGCACAUCUACGAGCAGACCACCACCGCCAAGAUCCUGACCAUGGAAUGGAUCGACGGCGAGCGCCUGCGCACCGCCGGCACCUCCGCCGCCGAGCGCGGCGCCACCGGUGCCCCCUCCUCCACCCGCACCUUCUCCGCGCCGGCCUCAGCUGCGGCGUUGGACGCACGCCGGCUUGAGGACCUAGCACUGGUGGAGGUGGGCGUGCGCUGCAGCCUGGAGCAAAUGCUGGAGGAGGGCUUCUACCACGCAGACCCGCACCCCGGCAACCUGCUGCGCACGCCCGACGGCCGCCUGGCCUACCUGGACUUUGGCAUGAUGGGCCAGAUCGACGAGAAAACGCGCAACGCGCUCAUGACCGCCACCCUGCACCUGGUCAACAGGGAGUACGGGCGGCUGGCGGAGGACUUUGUGGCUCUGGGCCUGUUGCCGCCGGGCACCGACCGCGAGUCGGUGAUGCCGGCACUCACAGGCGUGUUCAGCGAGGCGCUGCAGGGCGGCGUGUCCAAUUUGUCCUUCGGCACCCUCAGCUCCAACCUGGGGGUCACGAUGUACAAGUACAGCUUCCGCAUCCCGCCCUACUACACGCUGCUGGUGCGGUCGCUGAGCGUGCUGGAGGGCAUUGCGCUGGCAGCCGACCCCAACUACAAGGUGCUGGGCAGCGCCUACCCCUGGAUCGCCCGCCGCCUGCUGACCGACCCCUCGCCCGACCUGCGCAUCGCGCUGCGGCGGCUGCUGUACUCGGAGAGCACCGGCCGCUUCCGCUUCGACCGCCUGGAGAGCCUGCUGCGACAGGCCGCCAAGUCCGCCACGCGCCUCAAGCGGCCCGCUGUGGCGCCGCCCUCGGCCCCCGCCUCCGCCUCCGCCGCGGACGGCACCACCAGCUCCGGGCCCAGCAUGCCCCAGGGCGGUGGUGCGCUGCUGCUGCUGCUGAGCACUGACGGCGAGUUCGUGCGCGGCAUACUGCUGGACGAGGUCGCCAAGGGCAUCGACGGCGCCUGCCGCAUCGCCGCUGACGCCGCCCUGGACGCCGUGCGCAGCUCCGUGGCAGCCCUGCCCGCGCCCGCCGUGCCGCUGCUGGCGCUGCUGCCGGGCGCCCCGCUGGCAGCGCUGGGCGUGCUGGGCGUGCUGGCCGUCACACGCGGCAGUAGCAGCAGCGGCAGUAGCAGCAGCGGCAGUAGCAGCAGCGGCAGUGGGAGCGGGAGCGGGCUGGAUGCCGAUGGGGCGCUGGGCGGCGCGCCGCUGAGCCCGGUGGCGGUGCAGGCGGCGCUGACGUCAGCACUGGCGCGGCUGCCCAGCCUGGCCAACGCCGACGAUCGCGCACAGGUGGCUGGGCUGCUGCAGCUGGGCAAUGCACUGGCGGACGUUGCGGGCCUCAAGGUGCCAGCCGCCGUCGCCUCCGCCACCGCGGCCGCCACCGGUGCAGCCGCAGCGGAUUCCUCCGCUUCCACGUCGUCCGCCUCCACGCCGCCGCCACAGCCGCCGCUGCCGGCUCCGCCCUCGCCCGACGAGUUGGUGGAGGCUGCGCAGCAGGCGGCGGCGGCGGUGCGCUGGCUGGCUGAGGAGGCGGCCGCGCUGCCGCCGGACGCGCGCGGGGAGCUGCUGCAGCUGCCGCUACAGCUGGGUUCGCGGCUGGCCGGGCGCUUCACGGCCCGCACGCUGCGCAGCCUGGUGGUGGCCACCUCCGGCUCCAGCCUGCCGCCCGACGCCCUGGAGCGCGAGCUCAUGCGGCGGGAGGAGGCGGCGGCGGACCUGGUGCCGCCCGCAGCCGCCUAGGGUGAGGAGGGGUGAGGAGCGGUGGGGAGCGGCCGCGUCCGCAGCCGCGUAGGCGGCCUGCUGGCCCCUAGGGAUUGGUGAGGAGCAGGGGCCGGGCUGCAGCGCACGGAUGGAGGCUGUGACACACGCAUGUCGGCGCGUUGCGAGCUGCGCACUCGUGACGAGUUGCGCCCGAGUAUGAGUUACGCGCAAUCGACGCGCUUGCACAGCCAGGGAGACGCGCGAAGUAACUGAUUCAGGAUACUGGCAGGAGUUUGCUUAUGAGAGGAGGGUGAUUGCGUCGAGACCGGGAGCAUUCGGAUUUUCCUGCAUACCGAACCGGAAACUACAGAGUGAAGAUGCAACGGCAUCAGGAGAAACGGAGACCGCAAAAGCUGUGUAGUACACUUCGAACACAGGACAGGCGAGAGUUGCUCACUGCGAAUGUGCGAUUGUAUGUGUGCGUGUUGUGUGUAGAACGAGAGCGAAGUGGUCACAUUGCAGACAAGCCCGUGUGAUGUCCUUUUUGUUUCGUGUUUGUGUGUUGAGACCAGCUGUGUUUGUGUGUGUGCAAUGUACCGUAGCUUGAGCGGGCAUUGGAUUUCGAGCGGACGAGAGGUGAUGCGAGUGGAGUGUGGUAUGGAGGGAUGCGGGAAUUAGAGAGAUCACAUUAGGUCAUAUCAAUGUCAUGGCUAAGCUGUCGUGUCGCAGCGCGGGAAACAUGACGUGGCGAUCGCGCCACCAGCUUCAGUGCCCCCGGGCGUGCCCCCGGGGCAGUAACAGUAAGUACGGUGCGCUUUGCGGCAAUACCGGUU